AAGUAUGUAGAUACAAGUAUAACUUUAAGAAAAUUAUCAUGUGAAGACACACAUGUAAUUCUUCGUAGUAACUGCACACCACAAUGAUGUCAUUAGAACAAAAUAUAGGCUCAAAAAAUGCUAACCAUGUUAAACUAUAGUCAGCCGCUCCCACGCGCAGCCUUGGACAUGUUCGAUGCUCAUAAUUUACUACCAUUAGUAGCUUAGUGACCAGCGACACUAGCUGGCCACUCACAACAGCACCACAGUGCAGUGCUGAGAAAAAAUCAAUCAGAAUCUUCCCGCCUCCCGCCGGUUUCCAAGGCAACGGGUAAACAGCGGGGAGACGUUGCAUCGCUCGGUCCACAGAAAGACGUGUUGUGUUUCGAUAAUUUUGUUUUGCAUGUGAUUGUGUCUCAUUUUGAUGGAUAUUUGUGAAUUUUAUAUACAAUGGGUGACGAGACUGCGGCCCCUGGUGCGGCGCCUGAAAAAGUGAUACACACGUAUCCUCUGAUAAGGCAUUCAGACAUGUCGGAAGAGAUGCGAGUCGAAGCUGUUGAGUUAACAGUCACAGCUUGUGAAAAAUACUCUCAGAACAACGAGCUGGCCGCUCGCAUGGUCAAGGAAGCUAUGGACAAAAAAUUCGGCCCAUCUUUCCAUGUGGUUGUUGGCGAAAGUUACGGCUUUGAAGUCACCUACGAAUGCACCAACAUAUGCUACAUGUACUUUGGAGGAAACCAAGCCAUCUGCAUAUGGAAAUGCUCGUGAAAAUCUCAUUAGUUUUAAUUAGACUUACCAAAUGAUAUAAUACCGAAGAAGUACUUACUUUAGUUUCUUUACUUUACGGAUAUGAAAUAGUUUAUGUUUCAAAUUACAACCAAAUUAAGGAAUAUGGGAAUGGUUCCAAUCUAUUUAGAUUGUAAUAGAGUUUAUUAUCCCAUCAAAAACAUCCUGUAAAAAACCCAAGUCUCGCAGCUCAGUCUUUCUACCGUCAAAAGUUGUGAGAUCCAUGUAAUACCAAGUCGGUUAAUCUAUUUAGUGUCUACUUGAAGGACCUUCUGUCUCAAGUUAUUACAUAAGUUAUUAUCAUGCCAAUAUUAAAAAUAUUUAACGUUUUAAACAAAUAGAUCGACUUGGACAUCGCUUGAUUUGAUUAUUAGUAUGUAUCACACUACACAGCACGACGGGCCAGCGACCAACAGGAACGAGAGUUUCAAUCGCGUGAGGCGCGAGAGACUAAAGAAUCUAAUAUAAUAUUGUAAUAUUCAUUUUGUUUUCAUGCGAUGUCCAAGUCGAUCUAUUUGUUUAAAACGUUAAAUAUUUUUAAUAUUGGCAUGAUAAUAACUUAUGUAAUAACUUGAGACAGAAGGUCCUUCAAGUAGACACUAAAUAGAUUAACCGACUUGGUAUUACAUGGAUCUCACAACUUUUGACGGUAGAAAGACUGAGCUGCGAGACUUGGGUUUUUUACAGGAUGUUUUUGAUGGGAUCUCACUUCUUUUUGUAGAGCCUUUCUUUUUGAUACCAUCUACUUCUAACGAAUUUUGUUAAAAGUCUUAUGAUAUUUUCUUAUUUUUAUAUGUAGUCUUCCUCUUUUUCUUUUCCGGUACUACCCCACCCUAUACCCCCUCCCUUGCCUCAUAUGGUAGGUACCUAUCUACACCUAUUAAAUUUAUAACCACCACCAACCACCAACUGCAUAAAUAACUUUGUAAUCCCAUAUAUUUAUAUCGGAUUACAAAGUUAUUGAUGCAGUUGGUGUAUUUGGAAAACUGGACCGAAAUUACAAAAUAUUUAAGUUUUCCCAUGAUUAAGACACUAAACUCUAUAUGUAUUCCAAAUAUGAAGCUUCUAAGUCUGCUAGAAGUGCCUUGGACUUUUGAUGAUCGAUGAGUCAGUGAGUGACAAAAUUUAGAAACUUUAACAAGUUGUCAUUCUUAAACUACUGGUUCAAAUUGACUGAAAUUUUAAAUAUUCCGUGUUUAUACAAUGCCGGAUUAGUUACUGAAGAUUCAGGUUUCUUGCUUUAUCCACAACCGAAUUAUAGGGGGUCGAAAAAGGCCCGAAUUGCUUCGAGAAAAGGAUGGUACGGCCGUGCCGCUUUUUUUUUGCUCGACUUGGCGGGCACUGCCGUGCCCCCAGAUAAAUGUAGAGACUAGAGAUGUAAUGCCAAUGUGUCUUUGAACUUACUCAAUUAGUCUGUAAAAUUCUUAUUAUAACUGGUUAUUAGGUAGAUAUCUACAUGUAGGUAUAUGUAUACAUUAUACAUAUAAGGCCUCCUCUACACAAAUACCUAUACAAGUAUUUAUUCAUCUUUGAAAUUAUGUACAAACCUAGUUUAGUUUUGAAACCGAAGUCUGUUUGCAUUUCAUGUUUUGUAUAACUGGUUUUUACAUAAAUUAUAUGCUAGUAUUUCUUCCUAGCAUUUCUUCUCCAUAGAAUGACCAUAAUUGUCAGAACGUUAAAAAUAAGUACUGUUUCAGAAAGUUAAACUGGUAUUUAAAUUUAAUAAAACAAUGGAGUUGACGUCGCCAUGUCGCGUUUCAUAUGUAAAACCGUUCUCCACACGCUAGCUAAGUUUUUAUUUUAUAAACAUUUCAAAGAAAUAAUUUACAUAAACGCGGAAAACGUUCCGUAAUCGGGUUAAAGGGCUUUCUUCGCGUGUGCUUGCACAAAUAACUAUGGUAAUUAGGUAGGUAACACUUUCUGAAAACAAACAAUAAGUGAGGGUACUUGGGGAUAAUAUAUUCUUAGAGGAAAAUCCCUCUCAACCUAGUACAUAAGCGCGAUGACGUCAGGUGGAAGGGAUAGCAUCACGUGAACGUAGCAGUACCGUGCGGCGCUUCACUUUUGCAUCGGCGCUCGGGCGAGGCGGUUGUAUGGUUGUGCUCUCAAGUGCUAUUAUUUGUAAUAUUGGUUUGUGUUGUUACUUUUAGUUCCUAUUUAGUUUAUUUUGUGAUUUGCUCAUGUUAACAUUAUUUGAAUAAAUAAAGAGAGGUUAGGAUUGUCA